GUUCAGGUCCGAGUCCCACCCACUCUGGGCAGACUGAGAUAAGUGAUUGAGAAAGGAACAAGUGUUCACAGUGUGUCGAUUGACCAGAGUGGAAAGCACAUCUAACUCUCCCCUGUUUCCAUUAGAAUAAUGCUGGAUAAGGUUGUGCUGUUAGCAGCUGUUACAGUGCUGGGAAUUCUGGAACAAGCAUACUUCUCUUUAAUGGUAAUCUAUGCACGGAGAAAGCACUCAGUCUCUCCUCCGGCCACAACUGGACCACCAGAGUUUGAGAGGGUCUUUCGAGCCCAAGUCAACUGUUCAGAGUAUUUUCCCAUAUUUAUCUUCUCGCUUUGGGUGGCUGGAGUUUUCUUCAGUCAGGCUAUGGCAGUAUUCUUUGGACUAUUGUACCUUUAUGGGCGUUAUCUGUACUUCCACGGCUAUUCGGAGUCGUCUCAGGGCAGACUGGAGCCUCUGUACUUUAGUGCAAAGGUGCAGUGGAUGCUGAUCACUCUGGCUGGGCUCGGGGUGAUUUGCACUAUGACUCGAGCUUAUCUGGGUCUGGACCUGCUUCACUCCUUUAGUCAUGUUCUGGGCCUGACUGAACACACAUAAAGAUAGUAAGUGCUGGAUUUGUACACGAAGCUGAGGGCAGAAGCAGCUUUGUCUUUUUAUGGUGAUCCGAUGAAAAAGAAAGAAAUAAAGAAACCAGAGUGGAAUAGGUUACAACCAAGUCAGAUGUGGAAACACAGAGGGCAGCUAUAUGUGCACUGAAAAUUUUUUUUUUAGAUUUACGCAUUGUGAAGCAAAAUCCCAUCAAAUUCAAUUGAGUAAUCUUUAAACUAAUGCAAUUUUAAAAACCUAAAUAUUUUGUUUUAUUUAAUUUCUUUUUAAUUACACAAUUCUAAUUGAUGUUGUUAUGAAAUUAAAAUGUGUAAAUCUUUAAUAUAAGCUAAAAUAUUUAGAUUUUGAGUGAUUUUUGAGUGAAUAUGCAGAUUUUAAGUGGUUACAUUUAUUCUGAAUGAAUAAUAUGAACAAAAUUUCAAGAUUACUCAGUUCAGUUUGAUGGAAUUUUGUCAUUAAAUUGAAAUGUUUACAUCUUAAAAAGAGAGAUAUAUUUUUGAGUGUAGUCACUAAUGUUCAUUCCACAUCACUUUGUCAUUGAGUUUAUAUUUGUGUAAAGACACAUCACUACCAUUCAAAUUACACAAUUCUUAGUUUGACUGAAUUUACUUUAAAAAAAAAAAAAAUGAGAAAAUCUAAAAAACUAAGAUGUUUGCUCUUAAAAUCUUUUGCUUAAAGUUCUUUGUCUAGUUUUUUGUACUUUCUUUAUUCACUCCCUGGGAGGCGCUAUAACACACUGUGUAAAUCUACUGCAAAUGUCUGGGAAAUAAAAGGAAUAAAAUGCAGUCCUCUCCAGAUCAGUGUGACUGAUGUAUUUCCCUUUUCUUAUGCAUUUCCAGUUUCUCUCAUUUUGGGAAUAUGCUGACCCAAUACUGAAAGAUUUUGCCUAAAUUAAUCAGACAGUGAAAUGCGUGAUUAUUUGGAAGAAUUGGUAUUUGCUAUGUAAAUCACGAUUAUUAGGGUAACAGAGUAUCUUUAACAUAGGGUAAGGGAUCAUUGAGAUGGCCUCAGUCACCAUUCACUUUCACUGCAAAAGAGGCAAUGAAUUAGGCUUUUAUUCUGUGUUAUAUAUCCUUUUGUAUUCCAUGGAAGAAAGAUGUACUGGUUUUGAACAACAAGAGGGUGAGUAAAUAAUGACACUUUUCAUUUGUUUAAAAAAAAAAAAACAAAUGCCUUGUUUUUUUUUUUUAAGCUUCAUUUAGCGUUUCUCUAGAUUUCAAAGGUAACUUAUUUAGGACAGGAAAUCAGUCCUUUCCAUUCUUAAAUGCCUCUGAAAAAAUGUCAUGUGGCAAAUAAUGACCCUCGGGAAGCCACAAUAAAGCAUGUGGGGUACCCUACGGAGAAUGUGGGAUUUCCAAAUUAGAGAUGAAAGAGUGUUGUCCUCUCUCUUACUCUGAAAAUAAUUAGCUGUAAUAAGAAAAGUGGUUCAAACAACCUUCAACAAUCAGUUUUGUCAACAGUUUAUUGCUUUAGAAUAAGAUACAUGUUAAAACUGAUUUCAUUUUUAUAGAUUAAGCCAAACUAACUUAUAGGCCAUGAUAUCUGUAUCAGCUUUAUUGAAUUAAACAUACACAUAUUAUGCAUAAACCUCAAA